CAGACUCGGAUACGCUGAGAAAAAAGGGAAAAGGUCGUAUGCGGAGUCGCAGGUGGGUCAGAAAGAAGAUUCUGGAAAUCUGUCACCUCUUUUGUUUGCCAGCGUUGUACUGAACGAUCUAUUCCACAGGCUAAGAUGGUGAAGGAAACGGGAUAUUACGAUAUGCUGGGCGUGAAGCCCAGUGCCUCUCAAGAUGAAUUAAAGAAGGCUUAUCGUAAGCUGGCCUUGAAAUACCACCCGGACAAAAACCCCACUGAGGGGGAAAAGUUCAAGCAGAUCUCUCAGGCAUAUGAGGUGCUGUCCGACAGCCAGAAGAGGGAGGUGUAUGACCGAGGUGGAGAACAGGCUAUCAAAGAAGGAGGCAGUGGAGGUGGUGGAGGCAGAGGUGCCUUCAGGUCGCCCAUGGACAUCUUCGAUAUGUUCUUUGGUGGAGGAGGGAGAAUGCAUAAGGAAAAAAAAGGAAAAAACAUUGUCCAUCAGCUUACUGUGUCUUUGGAGGAGUUGUAUAAUGGAAGCACAAGGAAGCUAGCUGUCCAGAAGAAUGUAAUCUGUGAAAGAUGUGAAGGCCGUGGGGGUAGAAAAGGAGCCCUGGAGGUAUGUGCCAUGUGCCGUGGCUCUGGCGUCCAGGUGCAGCUGCACCAGCUAGGGUUCGUUAUGUUGCAGCAGGUCUCUGCUGUGUGUGGUGCAUGCCAAGGCCAAGGCCAGCGCAUGAGUCACAGAGAUCGCUGUAAAACCUGUGUUGGGCGAAAGAUCCUCCGUCAAAAGAAGAUCUUAGACGUCCAUAUUGAUAAAGGAAUGAAAGAUGGACAGAAGGUGGUGUUUCAUGGAGAAGGGGAUCAAGAGCCGGGAUUGGAACCAGGUGACAUUAUAAUAGUGUUGGAUCAAAGGGAACACCCUGUGUUCACCAGACAAGGAGAGGACCUGGUUAUGGCUAUGGAGCUGCAGCUUGUGGAGGCUCUUUGUGGGUUUCAGAAACCUGUGCAGACACUGGACAACAGGACUCUUCUGGUCACGUCCCAUCCAGGAGAAUUGAUCAAGCCAGGCAAUGUGAAGUGUGUCCUGAAUGAGGGAAUGCCUCUACACCGCCGUCCUUAUGAGAAAGGCCGCCUCAUUAUUAAUUUCACAGUGGUGUUUCCGGUGGAAAACUUUCUACCCUUAAACAAGUUGAAGGAGCUGGAGCGCUAUCUGCCUGCGAAACAAGAAGCCGAUGAGCCCGAGGCCAUGGACCAUGACCUGUACAUCUGUGCUGAUCUGGAGGACUGUGACAUGGCUCGGGAGCGCCGGCACCAGCGGCACUACUACUACGUGGAGGACGAUGACGACUUCUACCCAGGUGGUGGAGGAGGAGGCGUGCAGUGUCAGACAUCGUAGGUCCCCUGCGUCGUCUUGCCAGCAUUCACACAACUCCCAGCACAGCACAUCUCUGUGAAGCCCCCCCCCGCCCCCCAGCCCUGCUCCUCUCUUAGGCCACCUGGAGUGCUAUGACCUGAAAGGUGUGUCAGACCUGACCUUGACUCAUCCAGCCAUUCUAACAUGCCGGUGUCAUUUUAUUUUCCUUGGAACAGUUCAGAUGACUGGUUCUGUAGUGUGAUAAAAGGUAUGGAAACCGUCAAGUUAAACCUUACUCACUCACUGGUGUGAGACAUCUGAAUAGCCAUGCUGCCUGUCACUGAUGGAAUGAAAUUAACUGCAGUAGUCCUUGACUAAGAAAAGACAUUGUGUUGCGAUUCAUUUUUUUUUUAAUGCAAAACCAAUUAAUUUUGUAAAUGCAAACCUGUUCAGCAGGUCAAAUUAUUAGUUCCACUCUGUGUGCAAUACAUUCUUUUCUCCCUUCUGCAUUUCCCCUUUUUUUGUGUUGUGGUGCCAUUCCCGGCUCAUGUACCAGUGAUGAAUUGGGCAUAAGCUUCCUCGUGUACCUGUUCAUGGUAAAGUAUCUUACCCUUCUCACCCAUAUGUCCAUGAGAGACCUAGUGCCAGAGACCUAGUUUGCCUGCCUUUCAACGCAUGGCGUUUAAGGGGGCUUGCGUAGUCCACACAUCCGACCUAAUGCAUAUGCUUCCACAAGUCUCUACACAUCAUUGCGUUUUGGUCAGCAUUAUGUAUGGACGCAAAUGCAUCCUCUUGGGGGGUGAAUAACGCACGUUAAAGGACAUUGGCUUGUGUUGAUGGCGUUGUAAACCCCCUAAGUUUGGGCAGGCUAUAGUCUGAAAUGAGCCUUCUAGCUGUUCAUUAAGAAUUCCUGGUGUAUAUUCACAACAUAGUGAUGUGCUAGGCAUAAACACUAUCUGGAAUAGCCUGCUUUUUUUUUUAAGAAAAGGAAAAUGUGUCCCCUUUCAGCAGAAUUUCCCUGGUGUGGGCCAUAGAAAUGCAUCCUUACUUUUUAAUCAUACUUCCUUGGUUAAAGCAUAUUCAUAACGCUGAAUAUAAUUCAUAUUACUGCUGAUCAAAGAUGUGAAUUAUUCAAUGGCAAGACAAACUAAUUUACAGUUGUUGCCUGUAGGGUUUAUUUGGGCUUAAGUCCACACCCAAAGUUAACUGAAGGAGCGAUUUAAAAAAAAAAAAAAAAACACUGCUAUGACGCUGUGCUUGAGAAUUGGUAAUGGUGAAUGGCUGCACACAUGAGUACUGUAAAUUACCCAAUUUCCUGAAAAUCACCUCGCUUAGUCAUGUUGUAAAGUCAAUGUAUUUUGUAUAUUUUGCACCAACCAAUGACACAACUGUAGGGGUUGAAAUAGAAUAAUCCUGAACCAGUUGUGAUCCCACAUCAACAAUUUCUUCCUCAACAUUACCAUCACUUCAUCUCAUAUUAAUUAUAUUAGUAUAUAAUAUAUGCACAAACGACAGAAUAUAACUUGUACAGUGAGAGUAACCUAUUUCAUACACUUUUGGACCGCCUUACUCAGUUUAGCAUAAUUUAGCAUCCACCUUUUCUAGGAAGGCCAUCAGGCAAAUUCAAAGAAAGACAGGGCAGUGGUUUUGUAGUCUAAGGCUUGAGAAGAGUGUAGCCUUAAACAAACUGAUUUUGUAAGCCAAAUUGAUGUCAGUGCUCUUUUUUGCAGUGUUCAUUAAAACAAGGGCUUGGUGCCAUUAUGUGUUUGUCCAAUGUCCAGUGAAGUUCAAAUCACAGAGGUGGUCUUGUCUGACUGUGAUGGUUUUUCAGGCUUUGAAAUGUUGCAUUUGUUUGCACAUGGGUUAACAUUUAAAAUGUGAAUUCAUUCAUUUUGUGUCACGAAUAAUGCCCAAUGUGGUCUGUUGCCAAGUAGUCUUCAAAAUUCGUACGUAGAUGCAGACGUAAUUUUAACUUCCCCAUUUCCAUGUUUAUACAAUACCAUGCCUUGUGGACUGCUCCUUUGAAGUAUAUGAAUUUCUUUCUUCUCUAAGUCCAACAUUGGUUAAAAACAUUAUAAUAUUUAUCAUUUGGAUGAUUACCUCAGUUCAUUGUGCCUGCGCUGAAGCCUUACUGUUUGCGGUCACAAUUUUGAGAUGCUCAACGCAUCAAAUUGAAAAAAAGACAUUUUCUUAAAAUUGGAAAUGAAAUUAAUUGUUAGUAACAUGGCUUCGUACUGAAGUUACUUACACUUUAAAUGCAGGGCUGGUUAUGCUUCUUUUUCUAAUCCUAAAGCUGUGUCGUCUUUCAUAUGUGUACAUGUUAAUUUCAAUUCUGUUAGGACCAAUAACUUAUGCAUUUAUAUGUUUUUAUUUAUAAUUAAAUGAAUUUCUGUUUAUACUUGGA